AUGGCGCGCACAGCGGCUUUUAAUUCAAGCCAUAUCGGGGCUCUUCGUCAUCACCAACAGCAGAAGCAAAGCCCUGCCCUUUCAUCUUCCCAUCUCGACGACCAGUCUCCUUCCUCAUCUCUCCUUGACGAAAGUUCGUUCACCAAAGACUCAAUCUGCGUCAAACCCUUCGAUCGAUGGAGGCCCCUCGGCGGCAGGCCUCAGCACGACAUAUUUCGCCGGUUCAAAGUCCAACCUAGCGAGAAGGAGGAUUUUAUGCUACAUUGGGUACGCAAAGGGCUUUCGUAUGGCUUCAUCACACACGAUGAAAGCGGCAUCCUCGUCUUUCGCGUGAGUUCGGCCGACCUCUCGCAUUUGGCUGCUCUCGACAUCGGUCGUUCGGACGUCUCAGAGCCUUGUCCCCAAUGGAUACAUGUAUACGACGAAUACGGGGUGUCAUGGCUGACCCAAUUCCGCCUGGUAGACCUCGACAACUUUCCCAAGGUCUACGACACCAACGGGCACCCGAUAUUCGCUAGGGGAAGACUUGGCCGAUACGGACCGUCGGGUCUCACUCCGUUUGAUUUCUACAGCCGUAUGGCUGAAUCUCUCGGGGGUGGAGGAGUCACAAGGAUCCAGGCCAAGACGGAAUAG